AAAAUAUCACCAUGCCUAAGCUUCUUCCUCAUCUUCACUCCAUUUUCUGUUUUAGCCUCAUCUCUCUCCCUCUCAAAAUGGGUUUUGCUUUUAACAUUAUCUCUCUCAGUUUUCUUAUGUAAAAAACUUCUCUUUUUUCUGUGUGUGUGUGAUCAUGGACAUGGCGCUUAAGCAUUUGUUUCUUUCCCUCUUCGUGUUAGCGCAACCCUUCAUUUCGCUCUCCAACUCCAUCACAGUGCAAGACAAGCAGAACCCAGAUAGGGAAAGCCUUAUUUCCUUCAAAGCCGUCCUUAAAAACCCGCAUCUUCUUUCUUCAUGGAACCAGUCAGCCCACCACUGCAACUGGGUUGGUGUUGCUUGCCAACAGGGUCGAGUUACCUCUCUUACCCUCCCAGAUAUGCUACUGGACGGACCUAUCCCCCAUUCACUUUUCUCUGUCGCCAGCCUCACCAUCCUCGACUUGUCAUCAAAUCUUUUCUUUGGUGACAUUCCUCUACAAAUUUCCUCUCUAAAAAGCUUAAAACAGCUUUGUCUUGGUGAUAAUCAGUUAUCAGGAGAAAUCCCGAGUCAAAUCAGUGAGUUGACUCAACUCAAAACCCUCAAACUCGGUCCCAACUCAUUCACCGGAAAAAUCCCACCAGAGCUUGGAAAAUUAACGCAACUCCAUACGCUCGAUUUGUCUGGUAACGCACUUGUUGGAACAGUGCCGAGUCAACUCGGCGAGCUGACCCGAUUGCAAUUCCUGGACCUAGGGAGCAACCUUUUGUCAGGUUCUUUCCCUGCAACUCUCUUCGAUAAUCUUCCAUCUCUAACAUCUCUGGAUAUAUCAAACAACUCAUUCUCAGGAGAAAUCCCUCCAGAAAUAGGUAACCUCAAAAACCUCACUGAUCUUUACAUUGGCAUUAAUUCAUUUUCUGGUCAUUUACCACCGGAAAUCGGUUACCUUUCCCGGCUGGAAAACUUCUUUUCACCUUCCUGUUCAAUCACAGGCCCAUUGCCUGAAGAAAUAUCUAACCUAAAGUCUCUGAGUAAACUUGACCUUUCCAAUAACCCAUUGAAGUGUUCAAUCCCCAAGUCCAUAGGGAAGUUGCAAAAUUUGAGUAUACUGAAUCUUGUGUACUCUGAGCUUAAUGGAUCUAUACCGGCUGAGCUUGGAAACUGCAAGAAUUUGAAGACUUUGAUGCUCUCUUUCAAUUCGCUUUCCGGGUCUUUGCCAGAGGAGCUUUCUGAGCUGCCAUUGUUGACGUUUUCUGCUGAGAAGAAUCAGCUUUCUGGGCCGUUGCCAUCCUGGCUUGGGAGAUGGAAUCAAAUGGAGUCGCUUUUGCUUUCUAGUAAUGGGUUUCGGGGGGAAAUACCGCCUGAAAUUGGGAAUUGUUCGACAUUGAAGCAUAUCAGUUUAAGCAACAACCUGUUGACUGGGGAGAUACCAAGAGAGCUUUGUAACGCCGUGUCGCUUCUGGAGAUUGAUCUUGAUGGAAACUUCUUGUCGGGUAGUAUUGAGGAUGCGUUUUUGAAGUGUACUAACUUGACCCAGUUGGUUUUGGUUGAUAAUCAAAUUAAUGGCUCGAUACCAGAGUAUUUGGCAGAACUUCCUUUGAUGGUUCUCGACCUUGAUUCCAACAAUUUCACGGGUGCUAUACCUGUAAGUCUAUGGAAGUCCAGCAGCUUGAUGGAAUUCUCUGCUGCAAAUAAUUUGUUGGAGGGCUCUCUGCCUAUGGAGAUUGGCAAUGCAGUCCAAUUGGAGAGGCUGGUGCUUAGCAGCAAUCAGUUGAAAGGAGCUAUACCUAAGGAGAUUGGCAAUCUCACAGCUCUCUCCGUUCUUAACUUGAACUCUAAUCUGCUGGAAGGGAAUAUUCCGAUAGAGCUUGGAGAUUGCAUUGCACUAACCACUUUGGACCUGGGAAAUAAUUGGCUUAACGGUUCAAUUCCGGAGAAACUUGCAGAUUUGGUUCAACUACAAUGCUUGGUUCUUUCUCACAAUAAUUUAUCUGGUCCCAUUCCUUCGAAGCCUUCUUUAUAUUUUCGUGAGGCUAAUAUACCUGAUUUGAGCUUUAUUCAACACCACGGAGUGUUUGAUUUGUCACAUAAUAUGUUGUCUGGUUUGAUACCUGGGGAAUUGGGGAACCUUGUGGUGGUGGUUGAUCUGCUAAUUAACAAUAAUCAGCUCUCUGGUGAAAUUCCAGGAUCACUUUCCAGGUUAACCAAUCUUACAACCUUGGAUUUAUCUGGAAAUUUGUUGAGUGGUUCCAUUCCACCAGAAUUUGGUCACUCUUCUAAGCUUCAGGGUUUAUAUUUGGGGAAUAAUCAGCUCUCAGGUACUAUCCCCGGAACAUUAGGUCGUUUGGGUAGUUUAGUGAAACUGAAUUUGACAGGUAACAAGUUAUAUGGAUCUGUUCCUCUUCGUUUCGGCAACUUGAAAGAGCUUACCCACUUGGAUUUAAGCAAUAAUGAGCUUGGUGGUCAGCUUCCUUCAUCAUUGUCGCAAAUGCUGAAUCUUGUGGGGCUUUACGUUCAGCAGAAUAGGCUUUCUGGGCCUAUAGAUGAGCUGUUGUCCAAUUCCAUUUCUUGGAGGAUAGAAACUAUGAAUUUGAGCAAUAAUUUAUUUGAUGGAUUCUUGCCACAAUCUUUGGGCAAUCUUUCGUACUUGACAUGCUUGGAUCUUCAUGAAAAUAAGUUUUCAGGAGAGAUUCCUCCGGAGCUUGGGAACAUGAUGCAACUUGAAUACGUUGAUAUUUCAGGUAAUAGGUUAUCUGGGCGGAUUCCAGACAAAAUAUGUACCCUUGUUAAUCUAUUCUACCUGAAUCUGGCAGAAAACAGUUUGGAAGGGCCUGUACCCAGAAGUGGGGUUUGCCUAAGCCUGUCAAAAGUUUCACUCUCUGGCAACAAAAAUCUGUGCGGAAGAGUUAUAGGUUCAGAUUGUAGGAUUGGAAGCUUUGACAGGUCAUCUUUGCUAAGUGCCUGGGGAAUUGCAGGGGUUGCUGUUGGCUGCAUGAUUAUCAUUCUUACUAUAGCCUUUGCUCUAAGAAGAUGGAUUACUAGAGCUAGCGAACAGGGUGAUCCUGAGGAAAUUGAAGAAAGCAAAUUAAACAGUUUUAUUGAUCAAAAUCUUUACUUCUUAAGUAGCAGCAGAUCGAAGGAACCUUUGAGCAUCAAUGUAGCUAUGUUUGAGCAGCCCCUUCUGAAAAUAACCUUAGUUGAUAUCCUUGAAGCUACUAAUAACUUUUGCAAGACAAACAUCAUUGGAGAUGGAGGUUUUGGUACAGUGUACAGGGCCACACUGCCUGAUGGGAAAACGGUUGCUGUUAAGAAGCUAAGCCAAGCCAAAACACAGGGUAACCGAGAAUUCAUAGCUGAAAUGGAAACUUUGGGCAAGGUGAAGCACCAGAAUCUAGUCCCUUUACUUGGAUACUGCUCUUUUGAUGAGGAAAAGCUUCUUGUUUAUGAAUAUAUGGUGAAUGGGAGUUUAGAUCUUUGGCUAAGAAAUCGGACUGGGGCUCUUGAAAUCCUUGAUUGGGCCAAACGCUUCAAAAUUGCUAUUGGUGCUGCACGUGGGCUAGCAUUUCUCCACCAUGGAUUCAUCCCUCACAUCAUCCACAGGGAUAUCAAGGCCAGCAAUAUCUUACUAAAUGAAGAUUUUGAGCCAAAAGUUGCUGACUUUGGGUUGGCGAGAUUGAUCAGUGCUUGUGAGACUCAUGUUAGCACUGAGAUUGCUGGAACUUUUGGAUACAUUCCACCAGAGUAUGGACAGAGUGGGAGGUCGACCACAAGAGGAGAUGUGUACAGCUUUGGUGUAAUUCUGCUUGAAUUGGUGACUGGGAAAGAGCCAACUGGACCAGAUUUCAAAGAGGUCGAAGGCGGGAAUUUGGUUGGUUGGGUGUUUCAAAAGAUUAAAAAGGGGCAGGCUGCUGAUGUUCUUGAUCCAACUGUUCUACGCGCAGAUUCAAAGCAGAUGAUGCUUCGAGUGCUGAAGAUUGCUUCGAGUUGCCUGUCUGAUAAUCCUGCUGAUAGGCCUGCUAUGCUUGAAGUGUUGAAGUUAUUGAAGGGGAUUAAAGACGAGCAGAUGUCAGUGAGCACAAAAAGUUCGUUGUUGUAUUAACACCCUAAAGUAUUUAGGAAGAAAUGUUGAAAUCUUAAGUUGUAAGAUUUUCUGUUUGCUAAUCUAAUCUAAUCUGAUGAUGACAAUUUAGAGUUUAAAGAGAACUUGUGUCUGCUUUCUGUGCUAGUAUUCUACUGAUCAAUGGCUGUAAUAAAAUGCCUUUCCUUCAAAGGUCAAGUAAAAGUAUUAUUUUUCCA